AUGACUACAUACAUUAUGAGUGGCCCAUUCUCUUGAAUAGGCUAUAUGAUUUUUUAUAGUCACCCACCUUCGGCUAUAUUAAUUGUAGCCUAGGUAUAAAAGCCUUCGUGUACGAAGUGGUAUCCAACUUUCUUUCAUUUGACCAGCAGUCACAUCGAUAUAUGUUGAAAUAUAUAUAAUAUAAAGAUAUGAACAUCUCUCUUCCUAUCACUCCAAUAUCCAUCUUUCUUUUAUCAACGCAUACUAGGUAGUUCAAAAUUUGACCCUUCGGCGCUUGUCAUCAACAACAUGAAGUCGCCCGUUAUUCUCGCAGUUGCCCUCCUUUCCUCUAUAGGACUAGGGGAUGUUCUCAACUCGAACCUCAUCAAGGAUAGUGUGACCUGUGAGACGGAAGUCUUCACCAAAGAUGACCUUGUAAACGCGUGCCUAAAAGCCCUAGAGAAUCACAAUGCAGAAAGAACGCCUGGCGGCUUUCCCCAUUAUUUCAGCAACCUUGAGGGCCUUGGUAUGGCUAAGGACUGCGACACCACGGCCCUAUAUGAGUAUCCAUUGUUGCGCACUAUACCAUUCCCUCAAGGUGGCUCCGCGGGAAGAAAGCGGGUUGUGGUCAACUGGGUCAGCGAAACAGAUGUUCGGAUUUGCGCGGCAAUGUUCCACAAAAAGAGCGAUGAGAAAUUUCAGUUGUGUCAAUGGCAGAAAUAGCUUCAGUCAUCCGUGAUCUGCCCAGUCCACCAGAUAGCUGGUUCGCUGUAUUACAAUUUUCUGUGUGCUAAAAGUCUGUUUCCUGUAAUGUUAGACCUUAUCUCAUGCAGUUAAGAAAAGCUGUGGUUAUUCUUUUAUAAGCACAAUCUAUUGGAAAGCUCAGCUCAGC